UCCUGGUGGAGAGACGGCAAGGAAUGCAGCAGUUCAGUGCCCGACUCCCUCACUGUCACCAGUUGCGCCUGGGUUGAGCGGACAGUCGCCUUUUUAUUUUGCCGGGAUGUAGAUUGGCCGCCAGUUCGGCUUAGGAAAUUCCAACCACAUCCUGUCAUUCAGUCUCCACAAGAACAUCAAAAUUGAAGCAUCAUGAAGAUCACUUUGAAAUGCAAAUGGGCUUGGCUGGGGAAGAGCUGUCUUCUGAUCACUUUAUUAUGGAUUACUUUUGUCAUCUUAAAACUGUCAAUCUCCACUGUUCAAAACUCUGCUGGGCAGAGCAGUCAUGAAGAGAGGAAGUACAGGACCCAUUCUAGUGAUGAACAAUUUGAAGAUCUGUCACACCCAGUAUAUGAGAAACCUGCUAUUGAUCCACAUAGUCCUGGAGAGUUCGGUAAGGCUGUGAAUUUGCAACUGAGUCCUGAUGAAAAAAAGAAAGAGGAGGAAGGUAUUGAAAGAUAUGCUAUCAAUGUUUAUGUAAGUGAUACAAUAUCACUGCAUCGUCACAUCCAGGAUGAUCGGAUGGCUGAAUGUAGGGCAAGGAAGUUCAAUUAUCGGAAUCUUCCUACCACUUCUGUCGUUAUUGCGUUUUAUAAUGAGGCCUGGUCUACACUUCUCCGUACAAUUCACAGUGUGUUGGAAACAUCUCCUGCUGUUCUCCUUAAAGAACUCAUUCUCGUUGAUGACUAUAGUGAUCGAAUUUAUCUGAAGUCUCAACUGGAGCAGUAUGUCAGUAACCUUCAGCGAGUUCGUCUCAUUCGAACCAAUAAGAGGGAGGGGCUGGUCCGUGCCCGUUUGAUUGGUGCAACCUUUUCUACUGGAGAUGUACUUACAUUUCUGGAUUGUCAUUGCGAAUGUGUUCCUGGAUGGUUGGAGCCAUUGUUGGCGAGGAUUAGUGAGAAUGAGACUGCUGUUGUAUGCCCAGUUAUUGACACUAUCGAUUGGAACACUUUUGCAUUCUACAUGCAGACAGGGGAGCCGAUGAUUGGUGGAUUUGACUGGCGUCUUACAUUUCAGUGGCAUGUUGUCCCCGAUGGUGAAAGAAAACGAAGGAACUCGAGAGUAGACCCAAUUAGAUCACCUACAAUGGCAGGGGGGCUGUUUGCUGUCAGUAAGAAGUAUUUUGAAUACCUGGGCACCUAUGACACAGGGAUGGAAGUAUGGGGAGGAGAGAAUCUAGAGUUAUCCUUCAGGAUAUGGCAAUGUAGAGGCACGUUGGAAAUUGAUCCCUGUUCACAUGUAGGCCACGUUUUUCCAAAGCGUGCCCCUUAUGCACGGCCAAAUUUCCUCCAGAACACUGUGCGAGCAGCUGAGGUGUGGAUGGAUGAAUACAAAGUACACUUCUAUUACCGGAAUCCUCCAGCUAAAAAGGAAAAGUAUGGAGAUAUUUCUGAAAGAAAGCUACUCCGAGAUCGUUUACAGUGCAACAAUUUCAGCUGGUAUUUGGAGAACAUAUACCCCGAAUUGCAUGUACCUGAGGAUCGUCCUGAUUGGCAUGGAGCAAUUCGUAGUGUUGGAAUUCCUUCUGAAUGUCUGGAUUACAAUGCACCAGAACAUAGUCCUGUUGGAGCACAGUUAUCUUUGUUUGGUUGCCAUGGUCAGGGAGGUAAUCAGUAUUUUGAAUAUACAUCUAAAGGGGAAAUUCGAUUUAAUUCUGUGACUGAACUGUGUGCAGAAGUGAAUGAUGGACAGAAUUCCAUUGGAAUGAAAUACUGCCCAUUAGACGGCUCCCCUGUACUAGAGUCUAUUACAUGGGAAUUUAAACAGAACGGAAUGAUUUUCCACCCAAAAUCGAACAAGUGCAUUACUUCCUAUUAUACAGCUGAAGGACGGAUGGAUGUUGAAAUGAGAAUUUGCAAUUCACAGGACAAUAAUCAAAUCUGGCAUUUUGAAUAGGGCUAUUCACGAUUUUCCAGAGUAAACAGAAAUGCUUUGACUUAAGUAAUUGUCAAAGAGAAAUCAAUGCUAAGUGAAGUUAAAAUUUAAUGCAUUGAAGCAAAGUGCAAUUUGUAUCACCAUGGUGCCUAAAACCUUGAUGGAAAACAUGGAGGGGAUAGCUUGAGUGAAUGUAGAUUUUUGUCCAUUUUUGAAUGCCAGACAUUAUGAGGUCUUUGUUCAUGAUGAUUUAUUCAUGGCUCUCUGUCUGGAUAUUUGGUUUCUUUGCCCUUCCUUGAUCACUGUAUCAGAUAACUAAAACUAAUCAAACUGCUUUUUGGACUUGAAUGGGUCCCUGUUGCUUUGUGAUUUGUACAAUCUUGCAUGGUUUACUUUUCUGAGAUUGUUAAAAGGGAAAAAAGAUUGCAGGCUUCAAUCGAGACAAAAUGAAACAAUUCAUGGUUUCAGAAUGUGAGGAGAAAUUUUAGAUGUAAAAUUUGUACUUGUGAAAUGCAGUUUAAAACAAAUGCUAUUUUAAAAUAGAAACUGUAUAAGGGAUAAAUGAUUGUUAAAGCGCUUACAAUGCAGGAACAAAGGGAUGGAAAACUUGUGUGGAUAUAAGAAAUGCAUGAAAUAAACU